UUGGCUGGCGGACAUUUCGCAACCUCUGGCUCCCGCCUCUCCGGAGAAAGGACGGCGGCGGCGAGCCGAGUCGGGACUGGUGAGGCCCGCGCCUUCCUCCCGGGCCAGAUUCCGCGUGACAGCCUGUGGAAGGCCGCUCCAGAAAUACCUUGAAAUUAUAGAAUAUAUCUUUUCUUAUAACUCACACUGGGUCUACAGGAGAGCUUGUCCAAAUGAGCAAGACAUCACAACAGAACACAGUUGCAGAAACCAAUGGAGUAAGUGUCAUCUAUACCCAAGCGCACACCAGUGGGUUGCAGCAAGUUCCUCAGCUGGUGCCCGUUAGUCCUGGAGGUGGGGGCAAAGCUACACCCCCCAGCAAGCAGAGCAAAAAGAAUUCCCUUGUCGAUAGAAACAGUGAUGAAUACCGGCAGCGCAGGGAGCGUAAUAACAUGGCGGUGAAAAAGAGCCGCUUGAAAAGUAAGCAGAAAGCUCAGGACACUCUCCAGAGGGUAAACCAACUGAAAGAAGAAAAUGAACGCUUGGAGGCCAAAAUCAAGCUCCUUACGAAGGAGCUGAGUGUACUGAAAGAUUUGUUUCUUGAGCAUGCCCACAACUUCACAGACAGUGCGCAGCCGCUGGGCACAGAAACUUCUGCAGCACAUUCAGAUGGAGCCGGACAAUAGAUAAACUGGGUGGGCUUCCCUUGACCAGGUGGAGAAUAGAAUGGAGACGAAUCUGCUCUAAACUUUAUAUCAUCUCUCGUUUUUGACAUCAUUUUUCAGUAGACUUAUCCCUCUGUUUGAUGCCAGAAAUUGAACAUUUAUGUUAAGUAUUUGUUUUAAAUUAAGUGUUAAUGUAUUUUCUUGUCGAGUUUUUUGAUAAAUGAAAGGAAUAGGGAAACUUCCUCAAAUUAUUGUCACUACAAUUAGGACUGAAUCAUUUAUUAAAUUAUUUUAAUCUUUUCUUGGCAUGAUGAUUGGGCAAUACUUUUUUCAAAAUAUAAAUUGUUUUUAAGGUAAGAAUUUACAGACAUUCUCAGUCUCCAGUUUAUCUUGCCCAGGAAGAGGUGCCUCUUUCAAAAUGAUUUCUGCAAGGCAAGUGUGCAUCAAAGAAAGUGUGAACAAACCUUAGAUAAUGUGCAAAUUUAGAUACUUCACCAAAUUAUCUUUAUGAAAUUGUUGAAAGCCUUAAAUUAGUUGUUCGGUUGACAGCUUUUUUUCAGCAGGGUAACAAAUAUCCAUAUACUGAUAAUCAGCUGAAGAGUUGAUUAAAUAAGCUUUAAAAUUUUCCUUUUCCACUUAUUUUGGUAGUGCAUGGCUUAUUUUGUAAUAUAGGUUGGGAUUUUCAAAUAUAUAGUCCAAAUAUUUGCUGUGUACAAUCCCUGUAGUUGAGGUUUGCUCAGUAGCGGUGCCUAAUAAAUUGUUUAGUUGAGGGAAAGGCAGGACAGCUGGCUAACACACAAGGAUUGUGAUCUUCUCCAAGCCCUACCUUAUCUGUGAUCUGAAAACCAGUCUGCUCUAGGUGGGAGCAUCUUACACCUUGAUCCCUGUGGCCAAAUUGGGCAACAUAGUGACUAUCCACAAAUAUCUGCAGUGUGUGCACAGGAAUUUUGUUCCUUUUGGGGGGAGGGGGGAGGCAGGGUUUUCCCAGCAAGCCCUAAACGAGUUGCCUGGAGCAGGGGUCUCCAACCUUGUCAACUUUAAGACUUGUGAACUUCAACGCCAGGGAGUCUUAAAGGUUGCCAAGACGAGUCCAUCUCGGAACAAGCAUUGGGGUCUGCAUACAAGUUCAAGGCUGCCACUUCACUGUCGGAUGGAUUCAUGCAGCUUUAAGCUAUCGUUUGUUGAACAUGUUAACUUUAACUUUUAAUAAAUUUAUAUGCCGCCCAAUCCCGUAGGACUUACUGAGGCAGAGUAUCCAACAAAGGCAUAAAUAACACUAACUCAAUGGCUUUGUGUUGGGGUGUAUUUGUGGCUUGUUCCGAGAUGAGUUCUGUUUCAGGGUCACAUUUUCAAGGUUUGCAUUGGUUUGGGGACAGAUAACCUUGAAAAUAAUUGAGAGCUAGUUUGGUUUAGUGAUGAAGGCUCCAGGCUCAGGAGAGAGAAUUCCAGUCCUGCCUUUGACCUGAAAGGCAGCUGGGUGACUUUGGGCCAGUCACUCUCAUUCAGUCCUGGCAUUGAAAUCCAGCUCACUUAACAGGGUUGUUACUACGAGGAAAAGAGGAGGAGGAAGGACUAUUAGGUAUCUUCGCUGCUUUAUAAAAAAAACAAUAAAGGCAGGAUGAAAAAAACAGGUAAUUAUGAGAUACCUAGAGGAGUUCUUGUUGGUAAGAUGAGUGGCAUAAAUUUAAUAAAUGAAUGAAUAAAUAAAGGCCACUAUAGAAGAGUCAUAUCAUGCCCUUCUCCCAUCUUCAGCAAGAUCUUAAUUUUGUAACUGUCCACAGCAGAACUGCUUUGCUUUUGAGGCUCAAAUAAGAGGAAGAUUCCUGACCGGAGGGAAUUCCUUGUUUGAGAAGGAGGGGAAAAAAUCAAGACCUCACUAUUGCCCAGGUUCAAAUUUAAUUCCACAGUGAACCAAAAACACAUGAUCCUUUUUCCAAAGGAGUCCAUAAAAUCACCUCUUUUGCUUUGUGGCAAUCCUAUGGCCACAGACAUGAGGCUUUUUGCUGCUUCAAAUGCUGGUGGUAUACAUUUUUUUUAUUUGAGUAGAAGAAAACAUAUUUAACAGAGCAGGGAAGUUCACAAAGCAUUAAUUUAUUUUCUUUCACAAUCUCUUCAUAGUAUGUUUGCAUAUGACUGGACUAGUGAAAAUGACUUUUAUACCUCCCUUUUUCGAAGUUACUGUGUUUGUACAUGUAUUUAGAAAAACUCGAUUGUGGUAGAAAAUAUUAAUAAAAAGCCUUACAACAACA